AUGGUCUCGUCUCGUUACCUGUUUGAAAACGACUCCCGCGUGGUUCCAGAGAAGUUUGAAGGUGAGGUGAAGCAGGAAGGCGGUGGCGGUGGCGUGUUCCGCGAGGGCACGCCUUACCAGCGGCGCGGUUCGUUGCAGCUGUGGCAGUUCCUGGUGGCGCUGCUGGACGACCCGGGUAACGCGCAUUUCAUCGCCUGGACCGGCCGCGGCAUGGAGUUCAAGCUCAUCGAGCCCGAGGAGGUGGCUCGCCUGUGGGGGAUGCAGAAGAACCGCCCCGCCAUGAACUACGACAAGCUGAGCCGCUCGCUGCGCUACUACUACGAGAAGGGAAUCAUGCAGAAGGUGGCGGGCGAGCGCUACGUCUACAAGUUCGUGUGCGAGCCCGAGGCGCUCAUCUCGCUGGCGUUCCCCGACAAUCAGCGGCCCAGCCUGAAGGCGGAGUUUGAGCGCUACGUCAACGAGGAGGACACGGUGCCGCUGUCCCACCUGGACGAGGGUGGGACACCGCAGAGGCACCUACUCCAAAGGAUACAUGUACAUGUACUAAAGCCAGAACCACCCCACCCCCAACCACCUCACCUCCCCUCGCCUCCCCUCGCUGUACUGCCAAACAUCUUCAUACAUGACCCCCGCCUCCAUGCACCUCUUGCACACGCCCCCACCCCACUUGUAUAUACAGCUAAGGUGAUUUUGUUUAAAUUAAUCUCAUAAGAAGCCUUCCUGUCACACCUGAGGCGAGAUUGCUUAAUAAAUCCUCAAUUAUACCAACAACAA